AUGGCCGCCGCCGCCGCCGGUUCCUCCGCCGCGUCCCUCCCGGCUCCAAUCCCCCUCAACGACAAGGCGGCGGCGGCCGUGGGCGGCGGGGUCGGCGGCGACCGGGCGGCGGGGGGCUGCGGGGUGUGCGCCAUCUGCCUCGACAGGAUCCCGCUCCAGGAGACGGCGCUCGUCAAGGGCUGCGACCACGCCUACUGCGUCACUUGCAUUCUGAGGUGGGCAUCCUACAAGCAGACACCAGUUUGCCCCCAAUGCAAGCACCCGUUUGAGUUCCUCAGUGUGCAUCGCUCUCUUGAUAGCUGCCUUCAUGACUACAUGUUCGAUGAGAGCGUCUGUCUUCUUCUGAGAGCCACUUGGUUUAAGCCUCUGGCUGUAGAGGCUCACGAGGAGGCUCAGGAGGAAGAAGACAUUUACCGCAGUUACCAAUAUGACUAUGGCGAUGAGGAUGACCUUUAUGAGGAAUACAUAAGCAGGUCACCGAGCAUUCGAAUUGGUAACAGGAGGUGGGGUGACAAUGGGUACGUCAGAGGGGGGCGGAGGGAGGCCAGGCCAGUAGUGAUCCCUCCUGUUGUUGAUGCUGUUCCAUCCAGGACUCCCAAGAAGAAAGAGGGAUCAGCAUCAGGUUCAGGAUCAGGUUCAGUGUCCAAGGAUGUCGCAGGACGGCGGGCUAGAAGGGCUCAGAAGCGGGAGGCUGCUGACAAGGCGGCUGCAGAGAAGCACCUCAAGCUCCUGCAGAGGCUGGGCCGCGGGAAAACUCCCGAAGCGCCACCUGAAGCACCACCGGAAUCACUGGAGGUUGGUCCUCCAGCGCCACUCGAGGUUGGUCCUCCUGUGAUCGGGUGA